AUGUCGUCUCUACGCUUCCUAGACCUCGUCAAACCCUUCACGCCCAUCAUUCCCGAGGUACAGGUGCCGGAAACGAAGGUUCCGUUCAAUCAGCGGAUAAUAUGGACGGGCGUAACAUUGGUCAUCUUCUUGGUCAUGAGCCAGAUGCCAUUGUACGGCAUUGUGUCUUCAGAUACGUCUGACCCGCUCUACUGGCUGCGCAUGAUGCUCGCGAGUAACCGAGGAACGCUCAUGGAACUUGGUAUCACCCCGAUCAUUUCCUCCGGCACCGUCUUCCAGCUCCUUGCCGGCACGCAUCUGAUUGACGUCAAUCUCGACCUGAAGUCCGACCGCGAGCUGUACCAGACCGCGCAGAAGCUUCUGGCGAUCAUCAUCUCGUUCGGCCAAGCUUGUGUUUACGUCUUGACUGGUCUCUACGGUCCGCCUGAAGAACUCGGUGCCGGAAUCUGCGUGCUCCUUGUCGUUCAAUUGCUCACGGCUGCGCUCAUUGUUAUCUUGCUUGACGAGUUGCUACAGAAAGGUUACGGCCUGGGCAGCGGCAUCUCCCUCUUCAUCGCAACCAACAUCUGCGAGUCCAUUGUUUGGCGAGCCUUCUCUCCUACCACUGUUAACACCGGACGUGGCCCGGAGUUCGAGGGAGCGAUCAUCGCUCUCGUACAUCUGCUCGUCACCUGGCCCAAUAAGCAGCUCGCUUUACGCGAGGCGUUCUACCGCCAGAAUCUGCCGAACAUUAUGAACCUACUGUCUACCAUUGUUGUUUUCUCUGCGGUCAUCUAUCUACAAGGCUUCCGCGUUGAGAUUCCGGUCAAGUCUUCACGCCAACGUGGCAUGCGCGGUUCUUACCCCGUCCGACUGUUCUACACCAGCAACAUGCCCAUCAUGCUGCAAUCCGCCCUCAGCUCGAACGUCUUCCUGCUGUCUCAGAUGCUGUACAAUAAGCUUCCGGACAAUCUUCUGGUCCGCAUGAUUGGUGUCUGGGAGGCUCGCGAAGGUACCUCGCAGGUCAUGCCCGCAGCCGGUCUGGUCUACUACAUGUCGCCACCGCUCAAUCUCAAGGAUGCCGUCCUUGACCCGCUGCAUACCGCCAUCUUCAUCGUGUAUAUGGUCAGUGCUUGCGCCGCCUUUAGCAAGACCUGGAUCGAGGUGUCCGGCUCCAGUCCUAGGGACGUUGCCAAGCAGCUGAAGGAGCAAGGGUUGGUAAUGGCUGGCCAUCGCGACGAAUCCAUGUACCGCGAACUGAAGCGUGUCAUUCCCACCGCAGCCGCCUUCGGUGGCGCAUGCAUUGGCGCACUUUCUAUCGUCAGUGACUUGAUGGGCGCUUUGGGAAGUGGCACUGGUAUUCUAAUGGCUGUAACAAUCAUCUAUUCCUACUUCGAGAUCGCAGCACGGGAAGGCGACAUGGCAGGCCUGAAGGGAAUGGUCAUGGGCCAAUAA